GCUCAAUUUCUUCUUUUCUUCAUAGCUCUGCUGCAUUUAUUCAUCCAAGAUCCACCGCCAUCGUCUUCCUCUUCAAAAUUCUCGACACCCCAGACCAAAUCCCAACUUUACCCAUUCUUAUAAACCCAAUUGGCGCCCCAUUUUCCAGAUACCAUUUGGCUCUACGCGUUAAGGAAAAACAAAAUCAUCUAGGUUGUUGUGGUAAGGCUAUGAUUGGUCUAUAUGUCUGAGUCUGAAUCACAUCAGGUAGGAGAAGAAGAAGGCUCCACAGCUGAUGGAAAUGGCGUUGGUACUGUAGAACCAGCCGAGGUGCCUCAUGCCAAUACACAUAGUGAGGGCUUUGUCAGUGUAUCCAGCUUAGAAGAAAGUGAAGCAGGUGAUGUAAAAAUGGCUGAAGAUGGAGGAAGAGAAGAUAUGUUUGUGGAUUGUCCAGAUGAGAUAGAGACUUCUGAAACCCCGCAGGAUAUAGGGAAUAAGAAUUAUGUACAGGACACUCAGUUUGAAGGAACAAGUAGUGAAAUGAAAACACCAGAUUUGGAGGCUGAGAUAGAUAACACGCCGACACCUGCUGCCACAAAAGAUAACCUUACGCACGGAUCUGAAGUGGAAACAAAUUCAUUUGUGAGAGAACUAGCUCAUCUUCGUAGUCAACUCGAGGCCUUCAAUGCACAUCAAUCAUCAGUUACUACUACAAAUGACAAUGUGUUGGUUGAAGAUCUUAAUCAAACCGAUACAAGUCUAGGCUCCAGUGCAUCAUUGCAUGGGAUGAUAUCUGAUUGCUGCAAUUUUCUUAUAGAUGCUACGCAUGAGCGUUCUAAUACUGAGAGCAGGAUAAGAGAACUCGAUGCGAUUUUACACAUGAAGGAUCAAGAGAUCGAGGCUCUCAAUACGAAGGUUACUGAGCUCUCUGUAUUGAAGGAUGUUGCUCUUUCUCAUUUGAGUUCUGAACAAGAGAAUUCCUUUUGCAUGCAUGAGGUCCAAAAUGAGGCAGAGCAGCAGCUUGGAGAAAUGGCGAAUGCGAUUUUAGCUUCUCUGGCAAUGGUAGUACGUCAAGAAGAAGGAUUACCAGAAGAAUCAGUCGCGGGAAAGUUGUUUCAAGUCCAAAAAACAGUUACUGUUUUAGUUGAAAAGUACAAUUUUUUCCUCUCUCAAAUGGACCAACUCAGAUGCGGUUUGGCUGAAGUUGUGCCAGACAUUUCUGCUCACGAUGAAAUGGGAAUACUUGUUGCUGCACGUGAAAAGAUAAUUGAAUUAAAAGCAGCAGAAAACUUGACUCAAAGCCUUAGCCAUUUAAGCGAAGAAAAUAGAAAACUGACGGAAGAACUUGAUAAGCACAAAUCAAUGCUUGAGAAUGCCAAUUCUGAAAUUGCAAAGCUGAAUGUAGAAGUAGAGCAGGAGAAGGCCAGGUAUACUAAUACUAAGGAGAAGCUCACCAUGGCCGUGACAAAAGGAAAAGCACUAGUUCAGCAGCGGGAUGUGCUGAAGCAAUCACUAGCUGAGAAAACAAGCGAGCUAGACAAAUGCUUGGUUGAGUUGCAAGAGAAGUCAAAUGCUCUUGAGGUCGCAGAACAAACCAUGGAACUGUUGAGGAGAAAGGAUGAGCUAGCUAACUCACUGCAGGAUGAUCUCUUAAAGAAGGACAACAUACUUGUGAAAUGUGGAGAAAUAUUAUCAGAUGUUUUUGGACCGGAACAGCUUGCGCUAACAGAUAUUUCUGAAAGCAUCGGGUGCCUCGCAGAAGAGAGGAAUUCUCUAAAGGACAUGCACAUGGAAUUUCAAAAAGUUGCGGAGGUCUUGUCAUCAUAUGAUUUUCCGGAAAGUAUGCAAGCAAGUGCAAGUGAUGCACAUGUUUCUUGGCUCCUGGAAUCUUUUUAUGCUGCUAAAGAAGAAGCUGGAAAAUUACAGGAGGAGAUGGCUGCUUCAAACGAGGCUGCAGGUAAGAAGAUUGAUCAGCUAAUGGCUUCCCUUUUGAUUGAAACACAGGAAAAGAACUAUCUUCAUGAAAAGUUACACGAGAAAUUUGGUGCUGCAAGAGAGGAAGCAAAUAAUGUAAUAGAUCGUUUAACCACAUCCUUCGUAGUGGAAACACAGGAAAAGUUCUAUACUCUGGAAGAACUGGGAAACUUAACUCGUGAGUAUAAAGAGAUUUCCCAGAAAGAGCAUCACUUGUCAUGGCAGAAGGAUAAUUUUGUGAAUUUACUGCUGGAAGCAGCUGGGGUCAAAGUAGAUAACGGAGAAUUGGGCUGCCAUCAGCAGUCUGACAUAUGUGCAAUCAUUGAAAAAUGUAUAGCUAAGAUAAAAGAAGACAAUACUUCAUUUGAUUCUUCUUAUAUUCAAUCAGAAAUUUUUCAAAGCAUCCAAAAUGCUUUGUAUACUAGAGACCUGGAGUUGAAACUUUAUGAGUCAAUGCUUGCAGAAGAAAUGCUGAAUAAUGCAGAAUUGAAAAACGUGUCAAGCGAGUUGGUAAUGACAACUAAAGAACUUCAUGCAGUGAGAGCAGAAAAUAAUUCUCUGCAGAAGAAUCUCGAACAAUAUGAGGAAAAAGUAGCUUUGCUCAAGGAAAAAUUGUCUAUGGCAGUUAAAAAAGGCAAGGGAGUUGUUCAAGAGCGGGAAAACUUGAAAAGAACAUUGGAAGGUAAAAAUGUUGAGAUUGAAAAAUUAAGAUCAGAGCUCGAACAACAACUAUCUAUUUACAAUGACUGCAAAAACCAGAUUGAUAAAUUAUCUGCUGACCUGGGCGUCAUUCCUAAACUGGAGGCUGAUCUUGCUUCUAUCAAGGACCAAAAGGACCAACUACAACAAUCCUUAGCCGAGAGCAACAGGAUACUACAAAAGGUUAUGGAAUCUUUAGAUUGUAUUUCUCCUCCAGCUGUUUCAGGGUUCGAAGGGCCUGUUGAGAAGGUCAAAUGGCUCAUUGACUGCCUUGGAGAAUGUGAGAAGGAAAAGAUAGAGGCUGAGCAAGAGUUGGCAUUGGUGAAAGAUGAAACCACUACCUUCACCAACAAGUUACUAGAAUCCCAGGCAACCAUAAAAUCAUUGACAGAUUCCCUAUCUAUUGCUGAGAACAGUAUCCAUCAGCUUCAAGAAGAAAAGAAAGAACAAGAGUCUACAAAGACAUUAACUGAACAAGAAUUACAAAGAACAAUGGAUGCCUUGUCUACUACAGAGAUCAGUAUCUCUCGGCUUCUAAAUGACAAAAAUGAUCUGGAAUCUGCACAUACCUUACUGGAACAGGAAUUGCAGAAAGCUGUAGGUGAAGCUUCUGCUCAGAAAAUUAAGUAUGCUGAGGUAUGUGCCAUCAAAGAAUCGCUUGAGGAUACCUUAACACUGGCAGAGAACAAUAUAUCGGUACUAAUGAAUGAGAAAGAAGAAAUUUUAUGUAGUAGAGAUGCCACUCAACUGGAAUUCCAGAAAAUGCAGGAAGAAUAUUCUGUUGAGAAAGAUAAACUUGUCGAAGCCUAUGAAACUAUUCAGUCCCUUGAAGUUGCAUUAGGAAGGGAAAGGGAAAACGUUUCUGUCAUUGCUGAUGAAAGCAGUAAAGCACGAAUAGGUGUUACUCAUUUGGAGGCUGAGAUAAGGAAGCUCAAAGAAGAAGCUGAAUCUCAAAAUAGCAAGCUUGAUGAUGCAUUAAUCACUAUAAAGUCACUAGAGGGUGAAUUGGAAAGGUCAGAAAACAAAGUUUUUGAUCUUGUUAAUGAAAAGAAGAAUGCUGAACAAGAGAUUUCAGAGCUCAAUGACAAAUUGAGUAAUUGCUUGGAAGACUUGGCGAGAUCACAAGGGAGCAUAGAGAUGAAAGAUACGGAGCUGUUAAGUCAUUUUAGAAGUCUUCUGAAAGAUGGAAAUAUUUUAUAUACAGCAUGUCAAAAUUUUGAGAAGAAACUUGAGGGCCUGAAUGAAUUGACUGGUCAUCUUAAGGAGAUGGAGGACUUGUUUCCCGAAGUCAAUUUCAAAGUCUUGCAAGGCCAUCCUCUUCUCAAGGAUGAUUCUUCAAGGUCAUCAACAUUGCUAACUGGCUUUGACGAUGUUCCAGAUAUGGAAAUGGCUAACGGGGAACUAAAUGCAUCCCAUGAUGAGAAUAUCACAUCUCAAAUCUUGAAAAAUGUCAAACAAUUCCAUCAUAGGAACAAAAUUGUUGCUGAAAGUUUUGAUGGACAUGCUACAGUGAUUGGUCAUUUGAUCACACUUUUUCCAAAGCUCAUUAAAUCGCUGAAGCAAAACAUGGAAGAUAUGGAGACAGAUCGGCAGUCACUGCAGCAUAAAAUUGAUGUGAUUGAAGGGAAUCUUAAGGUGUUGUAUUCUGCGUGUGUUGGUGCAACUCAAGAGCUGAAUUCGGAAAAUAGCUCUUCCCUGAUAUCAGAUGUUUUAGGCGAAAAUAGUUUUGAAUCCGAUGGAAGUAACUACAAAGAGGCUGCUGAGAAGCUGACAGUUGCUGCUAGAGAUUGCCAAAAUCUGAGGAAACAGUUUCAAAAUGCAAAUGAUCAAAUGCUUGGAAGCAUCAAAGACCUGCAGAACAAAUUGACAGAAACCAAUGCUGCUUGUGAAAAAGAUUCAGAAGAAAGGGAGAUAUACAAGAAAAGGGUCUCCCAAUUGGAAGCUGAUCUAGAUGAAGCACGUGAAAUGUGCAGUGAGUUGAGGCUCAAGUUAGAGGAUCAUCUGGCGAAAGAUGAUCUGUUAAAGGAAACUGUGGCAGAACUUACAGCUCUGAAGAGCACUCUUUUGUCGAGAGGCUCAGAGUCUGAAGACACUCUCCUGUCAGCAUCUCAAAUGGAGUCCCUCUUUGAUAAGUUAAAUGAGAUUGAGAUUCCAAUAGGAGGUCGUGAUUUGGGGAAUCAGGACAUUCAUGCGGAUGUGAGAAAACUCUUUUACGUCGUUGACAGUUUUACUGGGUUGCAGAACCAGAUAAACUCGUUGUCUUACGAUAAAAAGGAGUUACAGUCAACUCUUGCAAGGCAGAAAUUUGAAAUUGAACAUCUGAAUGAAGAACUGAAGAAUCUCAAUAGAGAUAAAAAAGACGGUGAAAAGAUGACGGACGAGUUGUUAGAGGUCACAAUAGGUUUGGAAAAUCUUAUUCAAAGAUUGGGAGGAAACAAUUUGGUAGGGGCUCAAAAAGUACCUGCUGCUUCGGGAUUAUUACCCGUGCUUGAUAAGCUGGUCAUGGCCGUAAUUUUUGAAUCCGGAAAAUUAAAGUCCCAAAAAGAGGAAGUUGAUGCACAAUUGUUUGAAAUGAAAAAGGCCGGAGAAGAACUAUCAAGCAAGGUCAGCUCACUCGAAAGUUCUUUUCAAGUUGAGGCAAUCCCCAGGGAGAUCGAUCUGGAAAGGGAUACGUUUGAAGCAGCUUCCUUGCCUGCGCAGUCUGAGAUUUCUGAAAUCCAUGACACAGGCUCAACUGCUACUAUUAGUGCAUCUACUUCAGUGCCUUCGGCUGCUCAUGUUCGAACUCUUAGAAAGGGAUCGACAGAUCACCUUGCACUUACUAUAGAUUCUGGAUCCGAGAGAUUGCUAAACCAUGAUGAAGCUAAUGAAGACAAAGGUCACUUGUUCAAGUCCCUUAUUACAACCGGACUUGUUCCUAGACAAGGGAGGAUUCUUGCUGACCGGAUUGAUGGAAUUUGGGUGUCAUCUGGGCGGGCACUGAUGAGUCGUCCAAGAGCGAGAAUAGGUCUCAUUCUUUAUUCAUUUCUGCUACAUAUUUGGCUCUUGGGCACCAUAUUGUGAUGCAAUGGUGAUCUUCAACAAUACUUUAUUCCUUCUGUAGUUACUACUUACUAGUCACAGAAUAGAAUUUUUCUGUUUAGCCUGCCAUUCUUCUCCAUAUUUUACCAUAUAAUGUAGUUGGUAUAAAUGUUUUUUUUUCCUCUUGUUUUCCUGGCUGGGGUUGGGGUUUUAUUUUAGGAGAAGAAUUAGAGAAUUGAACUUUGGGACAUCUGGUACGUACAUAUAUUUGUCUCAAAUCUAUGUCAUUUGACUGUAAGGCCUUUGGCAAAUGAUAUACUAAUUAAUAAUGUUUGAUUCUCUGA